GAGGAGUGGGAGCGGCCAAAGCGAGGGAGCGUCGAUUAUACCUGCUCCCUCGCUCCCCGCCGUCCUCCCUCCCCUGUCAGGGAGUGUACACACUCCUCCUGGCUUGUUCACACAUGCACUUGCCUCCAUGCCGCACAUACGCCGUCGCCUCUCUUCCGCCGUGUAGUUGCUCGCAAAACGCGCUGGAGAUAAAACUCAAUGUUCCUUUUUUUUCUGCCCCCGUCUGCAGAGACACAACAGUUUGUCCCUCAAGGACCCUUCCCGCUGAUCCCCCCCCAGUGACGAGGACUCUGGUCAGGAUGUCAUGGCGUCCUCAGUACCGCAGCUCCAAGUUCCGGCACGUGUUUGGAAAAGCCGCCACCAAGGAGAACUGCUUUGACGGCGUGCCCAUCACACGCAGCGUCCAGGACAACACCUUCUGCGCCGUCAACCCUCAGUUCCUGGCCGUCAUCACCGAGUGCGCCGGCGGUGGCGCCUUCCUGGUCCUGACCAUCCAUCAUACGGGUAAAGUUGACCCUCACCACCCUCGAGUGACGGGCCACAGAGGCAACGUGUUAGACAUCAAAUGGAAUCCCUUCAACGACUACUGCAUCGCCUCCUGCUCGGAAGACACCACGGUGAAGGUGUGGGAGAUCCCCCCUCACGGCCUACGGAAGAACCUGACCGUACCUUGGAAGGAGCUCCAGGGUCACAGUCGCAGGGUGGGCCUGGUUGAGUGGCACCCCACCGCCAACAACAUCCUCUUCAGCACGGCGUACGACUACAAGAUCAUGAUCUGGAACCUGGACUGUCCCGAGCAGGUGAUCAAGAACCCCGUGCGGACCCUCAGCCAGCACACGGACGUGGUCCUGUCCAUGUCCUUCAACACGGACGGCAGCGUCUUGGCCACCACCUGCAAAGACAGGAAGUUGCGACUCCUGGAGCCGCGCUCGGGAAGCCUGCUGCAGGAGGCCAAGUGUAAGACGCACAAGGCCAGCAAGGUGAUCGUCCUUGGCAACGUGAAGAAGCUGCUCACGUCAGGCACGUCCAGGUGGAACGACCGACAGAUGGCUCUCUGGGAUUUGGACGAUCUGUCCGUGCCUUUGGUAGAGGAGAACCUUGAUGGUUCGUCGGGGGUCCUCUUCCCUUUCUACGACCCCGACACGCACAUGCUGUACCUGGCUGGAAAGGGUGACGGGAACAUCAGGUACUACGAGAUCAGCUCGGAGAAGCCCUACCUUCACUACCUGACAGAGUACCGCUCCAACUUACCUCAGAAAGGGAUGGGUGUGAUGCCAAAGAGAGGCCUGGACGUGAGCGCGUGCGAAGUGUUUCGCUUCUACAAGCUGGUGACCAUCAAGAGUCUGAUCGAGCCGCUGUCCAUGAUCGUGCCUCGCAGGUCCGAGUCUUACCAAGAGGACAUUUAUCCCAUGACGGCGGGCGGCAAGGCGGCUUUGACUGCUGACGAGUGGCUCAGUGGCGUGGACAAAGGCCCGCUGCUGAUGUCCUUGAAGCCGGGACACCGAGUGGACGAGUCUUACGCCGACAUGACCAAAGGCUUCAACAGGUCUCAGGGACGACCCGGAUCUUACAUUCAGGACCAGCUGGGCGCCAAAGACAACAUCGAGCACGACUACGAGCUGACUGGAGACGAGAGGAGUCGGACGUCUAUGAGCAACGGCGAAGAUCCGCUCUGCUCGCCGCCUAAGACGGAAAGUGAGCUCCGUCUGAAGUUCCACAAGCAGCAGGAUGAAAUCCGGCGACUGCGAGAGCUGGUCAACCAGAGAGACGUGCGCAUCAAGCAGCUGGAGCUGGAGAUCAAGAACGUCAAAAACUCUCCUAAUUCACUUUAAGACUUUUUUUCUGGCACACCUCCUUGCCCAUUUUUUGUUUGUUUAUAAAUACAACCACGCUCUUCCUGUAGUCAAGGUGCACAUUUUGUGGGUGUAAAUAUGACACACGCUUUGUUCUGUUUUCUUUUUUAAUAUCACAGCUAUGCAACUUUGUAGCUCAUUUUUUACAACAAGAAAAAAAACACUCUUUGCGGCUAAAAGAGGGGAAAAUACGGGUGCUGUCCUAAAUCCUGAAUGCUGUCUGCCCGCUUUUCAAGAAAAAUGAUUUUGUAUAUUUAA